UAUUGUAAGAUCCUAUACUCAAACCAAAUAUGAGCAAACAUUUAGUGUAUAGGUCUGUGAGAACGUUUGCUACAGACAACAAAUCUCCUUUCUUGUCUGAUAUAUUGGCUCGAAUCGAGAAAAUCAACUUGAACAAGGAUUCCUUCCAAAAGGACACUCAAAAGAAACCCAGAAGAAGAACACCAAACAAACCAAAGGCUGAUAUUACUUCCGCUGGGGCCAAAAAUUCAUUGAAAGAAGACAUCACGUCACCUGUAGUAGACAAGAAGGCUUCUUCUUCUGCUGAUGGAAGUUUUAAACUCCAAAAGAUCAAAUUUGCAGAUCAUCCCUUGUUCUCUGGUAAAUUGGACAGAUCCAAGUUCACCAGAACCGACCAGAGUCCAAGGAGGAACACCCAGAGACCCAGAACAAGACCAGAUGGAGUUAACACCUCCACCACAAAGGGUACUACUUCCCGCCCCAACAGAUCACCUAGACCCAAAAGGGACUCAAAGCCCUCUAGAACAGCCAAAGGUUUGGACGACGACCGUAUUUUUUCAAGAACAGUGGAACCAAAAAGCUACAGCCCAUCUCUAACCAACCAUUUCUUGUACGGAAAGCCCACCACCGUGCAAAUGAACUUGACUUCCAGAAUAACAAGUUUAAUCAAAUCUCAAUUACUUGGUUCCAAAUAUCCCUUCAAAUUGCCUAGAUCAAUAAUCGAAGCAGCUCCUGCUGAAACGUCAAAUAGAUUUUUACUCAGUUCUUCAUCCUACUCCUUGGAAUUAGAUCAAGAAAAGGUCAGAACUGAGUUCAACACCAUUGUUAAGGGUCAAGCUACCAAAAUAGCUGGGGACUCCAAUGCUGUAAAGCUCUUGAACCAAAACCCUACGGUGAACUUGAGUGCAAAAUCCAAGAUGGCAAGCAUAAUUCAAGAACAAAAAUUCCAUGAUCUCUUCAAAGAUGCUUCGUGGAAACUGUAAAUAGUUACUUGUAUAUUCAUGAAAUAGAAGUAUCAUUCUUCAUAAACGAACAAAUCAAAGUAUAAAAGAGUGGGCCUAAGAAACCCAGAUAGUUAAAAUACGAUGACUGACUUCCUCGAACAUAUCUAAAGCCAAGAGCCAGUCAUCAUUGGAGUCCAUUACAACAAAGUCACCAUCUUCAUCCUUAUAUCUUAAUUUGUUGACCAUAAUAUCGUCUUUAACCUCUCCACUAGAGGCAAUUUUUGUGGAAAUCUUCAGGUGUAAGUCACUGAAUUGGAUUGAGGCUGGUACCAUUAAAUAGGAUUUAAUUUCCAUUUUGUCAUAAAUGAUUUUGAUCGUGAUUAAACUAUUGCUUGAAUUGUUUGCACUCGAAUUGACAGAAGAAAGGGAGUUAUCCUGAGCAUUGGUUGAAGCCGAGUUACUAGCAGAGCUUGAAUUGAAAUUCUGGAGUGAAGAUGAAGACACCCUACUGUUGGAAGGUUCACUAGUGGACUUGCUUAGGCUUUGUCUCAUCAUACUGAAUGUAGAAGAGGACGAGUGGUGUCUUUGAUUGUGAAAGUUGCUUCCGUUAGAUGAACGUAUGGAACUUUGAUCAUUAGUAGGUUGAAUGGAUUCAAACUCAUGACUAUCUCUCAAUUUGCGUUGAAUUUGAUUGUUCAUUUCGUUUGUCUUCAAGUUUCUUAAACAGUUUUCCCAUUGGUUUCUGAAUUCUUCCGUCCUAUACCUCAAAGUGAAGGAUCCACUUUCUUUCCUACCUGACCAUGCAAUGACCAUUGAGUAUCCAGUAGUAUUUGAAGAGGAGAUGUUAUAAAUUUCCAGAAUGUAGACUCUUCCCUUUAGUUCGAGUGGAGACUUAUCCUUUGCGUGGUUCAUAUUCUCUAGCAAGUUCACACUUGAAGAAUUAACAGACGCAGAUGACUUUUUUCUCGAGGAUAACAAGUCUCUUCUCUUUUUACCUUGGUCCUCAUUUGUAGGGUUUACUUCAACAAAAAAGAAUAUGAUUUUCUCAAACAAAUAAGCAUAAUAUUCCUUUUCGUUAUCGCUAUCCUUGACACCUACCACGCCAUGA